ACCGUUGGUCGCUGUUACAGACUGAAAAAACCUCAGCAGCGAUCAGAGCAACAGUCGAGCUGAAAACAAACCGACGACUACAACACACAGAAAUGGACAUUAAAAUUAGGACGAUGUUUGUUUAUUUAGGUGUGUAGUUGGCAGGUGUUUUCGUUCGGGUCGUGUUUGUUUAAUCGCUCCAUGUUACAGGAAGCUGCUGAAGCGGGGGAGGGAAGAUCCGCAGCGACACUAUUUUUAUCAUUUUCUGUUAUGUUGACUCGGGAAUGAGCUGAGGUAUCUUCACAGUAUCGGCGAACAACAUCGUCCUGCAUCUCGACACGAAGAAAUCUACCAUUACAAGAUAAAUCAAGACGUCUGAUCUGAAAACAGCGUGAAAGAUCCAGUGCGCGCGAGAGGACACAGGGCACCUUAUGCCAUGGAUUUAAAAACUGCCGUUUUCAACGCUGCCAGAGACGGCAAACUGAGACUCCUCCAGAAACUGCUGGAGAACAAAACGGAUCACGACGUGAUGAAGCUGAUGGCGGAGAAGACAAACGGAGCAACGCCGUUACUGAUGGCUGCCCGUUACGGGCACCUGGAGCUGGUGGAGUACCUCAUCGAAUGCUGCUGUGCUCCGGUGGAAGUGGGAGGCUCCGUGAACUUCGAUGGCGAGAUCAUCGAGGGCGCGCCCCCUCUGUGGGCAGCGUCAGCUGCUGGACAUUUAAAAGUCGUGCAGUCGCUGCUGGGUCACGGCGCGUCUGUGAACAGCACGACACUCACAAACUCCACGCCGCUGCGAGCCGCUUGUUUCGAUGGACAUUUGGAAAUUGUCAAAUAUCUGGUGGAGCACAAAGCAGAUCUGGAAGUGGCCAACAGGCACGGCCACACGUGCCUCAUGAUAUCAUGUUAUAAAGGCCACAGGGAGAUUGCGCAGUAUCUGCUGGAGAAAGGUGCCGAUGUGAACAGGAGAAGUGUGAAAGGUAACACGGCUUUACACGACUGUGCCGAAUCUGGGAGUUUAGAUAUAAUGAAGAUGCUUUUAAAGUUCGGAGCCACCAUGGAGAAGGACGGUUAUGGGAUGACGCCGCUGCUCUCUGCCAGCGUAACGGGCCACACCAACAUCGUGGACUUUCUUACGCAACACCCCCAGACGGACAGAAGCGAGCGCAUUAACGCCCUGGAAUUGCUUGGGGCGACGUUCGUGGACAAAAAGAGGGAUCUUCUGGGAGCGCUGAGGUGCUGGAAGAGAGCCAUGGACCUGAGGUACAGCGACUCUAACCAAGUCCUGCUCAAGAAUGAGCCCGAGCAGCCGGUAACGGCAUACGACUGCACCAGAGAAGCUAACACUUUCGAGGAGCUGGACAGCUUGAUCGCCGACCCCGACGACAUGAGAAUGCAGGCCCUGCUCAUCCGAGAGCGCAUUCUCGGCCCGUCGCACCCGGACACGUCCUACUACAUCCGCUACAGAGGGGCCGUCUACGCCGACUCGGGGAACUUUGAACGCUGCAUCAAACUUUGGAAGUACGCACUGGACAUGCAGCAGAAUAACUUGGACCCGCUGAGCCCCAUGACGGCCAGCAGCCUCCUGUCUUUUGCCGAGCUCUUCUCCUUCAUGCUGCAAGACCGCGCCAAAGGCCUUCUGGGAACCUCGGUGUCCUUUGACGACCUCAUGGAGAUCCUCAGCAAAAGCGUUCUGGAGAUUGAGCGUGCCGUCAAGCAGCCUCGGCCCGGCCCGGACCCUGCCCAGCUCAGCAAGGUGCUGUCCAUCAUCCUUCAUCUCAUCUGCUUGCUGGAGAAGGUGCCGUGCACUGUGGAGGAGGACCACUUCAAGAAAGAGACCAUUUACCGGUUUCUCAAGCUGCAGCCCUCCGGCAAGAACGGCUACAGCCCUCUUCACCUGGCCGUGGACAGGAACACCACGUGUGUGGGUCGCUACCCGGUGUGCAAGUUUCCCUCGUUCCAAGUGGCGUCCAUACUCCUGGAGUGUGGUGCCGACGUCAACUCACGCGACGAGGACAACAACAGCCCCCUCCAUGUGGCCGCCUCCAACAACCACCCCGACAUCAUGAACCUGCUGGUCGCCUGCGGGACGCAUUUCGACAGCACCAAUUCUUUCCGCCAGACGGCGUGCGACCUGCUGGAUGAGAAGGAGAUGGCCAAGAACCUGAUUCAGCCCAUCAAUCAUACCACGCUGCAGUGUUUGGCGGCUCGGGCCAUCGUUAAACACGGCCUGACGUACCGGGGGAACAUCCCGGAGCGCCUGGAGGCCUUCGUGCUGCUGCACAGAUAGUGAUGCACAGACUUCUGGGAUUGGGACUUCAGGAGUUGUUCUUCUGCCCUAAUGCAUGCACGACGGAUUCCUACCAUCUUUGCUCGGAUGACUUGAUUCUUCACGCUUUUUAUCGAUCUGUCUAUGCAAAGACGGUAGGGGGACGGACGGGACGGGACGGUUCGGGUGGGUGAGCUGUGUGGUUCUGCUCUGGCUGUCGUGCUGUCAUGACUCCCUCCCUCCCCUCACAGUCCAGCAUCAUGACGUGCUUACUAAUGUUUGCAGAUACCAUAAGUGCUUUUAUACUUCCUAUGCACAGGCUAAGAAUAUUGAGACUUUUCUGUGUUACUGCCUGUUGAUGUUUUUCUUUUUUUUCCCCUCUGUCUGUCUUCAUUCGUUACUCUAAUUAUGUUUACGGUGAAAUGGAGUGAUCAGGCAUGAGCAAACAGGAGAUGUAACAACUAGAAACUAACUUUGACUCGCCUCCUUUUUUUAAAUGACGCAGCAUGUUGUAUGGAGCGAUAUGAACACAUCUCUUCUUCAGCUCAGUGUAGUUGAAGUUUAUCUCGGCUUCAUUUGUGCAGUUUGAACUCAAGGGCUUUUGAUUCUUUGACAGACACUAGUAAAUGACACACACAUGUACAGUACUUUCAGAGGCACUUUAUUGCUGUCAAAUGAUUUGACAUUCAUAUUACAACGGCAUAAAGCUUGUUCAUGUCCUCAGAGCAUCCUUGACAAUAAACCUCUGUUGCACUUGUA